AUGUGAAAGGCUAUUCAGCAAGCUGUUGUCGAUAACUCUUCAACUCUACCCUGAUUUAGCUUUUGAAAAUUCAAGUCAUUCUCUUUUCUUCCGAAACUUUGCAGGGACAAGACGAAAAUGCGUUUGCUUAAAGAAGAAAUUGCUCAAUUUCACCAGAAAUCACUGCAGAAAUACGAGGGUCUCGACCCGAAUGAUCUGUAUGUGCUGUACAAGAAGCUCCAGAUGGAACUGGAGCUCAUCCAGGUGCAGGAGGAUUACAUCAAGGAGGAGCAGCGCAACCUGAAGAAGGAGUUCAUCCACGCCCAAGAGGAGGUGAAGCGCAUAAAGGCCGUUCCAUUGGUCAUUGGGCAGUUCCUGGAGGCGGUGGACGAGAACAAUGGCAUAGUAGCCUCCACCACCGGAUCCAAUUACUACGUUCGCGUCCUGUCCACCAUAGACAGGGAGCAACUGAAGCCCUCCUCCUCGGUGGCGCUCCACAAGCAGAGCAAUUGCCUGGUGGACUUGGUACCGCCGGAGGCUGACAGCACCAUAUCGAUGCUAACGCCGGAGGAGAGGCCUGAUGUAAACUACUCGGACAUCGGGGGCUUGGACAUGCAGAAACAAGAGAUUCGCGAGGCCGUGGAGCUGCCCCUUACGCAUGCCCAGUUGUACAAGCAAAUUGGCAUUGAUCCGCCGCGUGGUGUGCUGCUUUUUGGGCCUCCUGGAUGCGGCAAGACCAUGCUGGCGAAGGCGGUGGCCCAUCACACCACAGCCUCUUUCAUACGCGUUGUGGGCUCCGAGUUCGUCCAGAAAUACUUGGGCGAGGGGCCGCGCAUGGUCAGGGAUCUUUUCCGCCUGGCCAAGCAGAAUGCUCCUUCGGUCAUCUUCAUCGAUGAAAUCGACGCCAUUGCCACUAAGCGUUUUGAUGCCCAGACUGGGGCGGAUCGCGAGGUGCAGCGCAUUCUACUGGAGCUGCUCAACCAGAUGGAUGGCUUUGAUGAGACCACCAACAUUAAGGUUAUCAUGGCCACCAACCGUGCCGAUACCUUGGAUCCAGCUCUACUGCGUCCCGGUUUGGAUCGCAAGAUAGAGUUCCCAUUGCCGGAUCGUCGCCAGAAACGCCUGGUUUUCACCACAAUCACCUCGAAAAUGAAUGUGGGCGAGGAUGUUGACCUGGAGGAUAUAAUCGCUCGUCCCGACAAGAUCUCCAAUGCCGACAUCAAUGCCAUUUGCCAGGAGGCAGGAAUGCAUGCGGUGCGAGAGAAUCGUUAUGUGGUCAACGCCAAGGAUUUCGAGAAGGGUUACAAGACCAGCGUGCGCAAGGACGAGACUCAACACGAGUUCUACAGCUAGAUCAAAAAUUUAGCCAGCCUUAAAUAGUAUUUGAUCUGAUAAUGUUAAUAUAUGAUCUUCGUCGUAUUAAAAUAUAAGAAUUUCAUUUCA